UUUGAAGAAGCCUGUUUGCAUGGGAAUCAUUUUAUCCAAACACUAGAUACCUCUUUUUCUGUCCAUGGGCUGAUGCAAGUUGAAUCAGAGUUGAACGAGUGAGCUGUGAACUGGGUGGGAAGUAUAUUGUACGUGUGAAGAAGAUGACGGACUGCCAGGGAGAUGCGGAAGGAGCCAAGAGUCCACUGGAGCUCUACGAGCAACUGACAGCACAAGGAGACGAAGUCAGGACCUUGAAAACAGCUAAAGCAGAUAAAGCUGAAAUUGAUGCUGCUGUUCAGUUGCUGCUAAAGUUGAAAGUAGGCUACAAACAGAUGACAGGUCAGGAUUUCAAAGCAGGCUGUCCGCCCUCAGAAAACUCUGUUGCCCCCAACAAUGGACCAGCAGCAGUUGACGCUGAUGAUGAAGAUACAGUUGACCCAUGGAACGUUUCCACUAGCAACGCCAAGGGAGUGGAUUAUGACAAACUCAUAGUAAGGUUUGGCAGCAGUAAAAUUGACAAGGAGCUGGUGGACAGAAUAGAAAAAGUCUUGGGACAGAAGCCUCACCGCUUUCUACGAAGAGGAAUCUUCUUCUCACACAGAGAUAUGCAGCAGGUACUGGAUGCGUAUGAGAAGCACAAGUCCUUCUACCUUUACACUGGCAGAGGUCCGUCCUCAGAGGCCAUGCACGUUGGUCACCUCAUCCCCUUCAUCUUCACCAAAUGGUUGCAGGAUGUGUUUGACAUCCCCCUGGUGAUCCAGAUGACUGAUGAUGAGAAGUACCUGUGGAAGGAUCUAACGCUAGAAGAUUGCCACCACUUCGCUGUGGAAAAUGCCAAGGACAUCAUUGCCUGUGGCUUUGAUGUCAACAAAACCUUCAUCUUCUCUGACCUCGACUACAUGGGUGCAACCCCUGAAUUCUACAGAAAUGUGGUAAAGAUCCAGAAGCAUGUGACAUUCAACCAGGUCAAAGGCAUCUUUGGCUUUACAGACAGUGACUGCAUUGGAAAGAUCAGCUUCCCAGCCAUCCAGGCAGCCCCUUCCUUUAGUAGCUCUUUCCCACAGAUCUUCAAAGGCAGAAAGGAUAUACAGUGUCUCAUCCCCUGCGCCAUAGACCAGGAUCCCUACUUUAGGAUGACCCGUGAUGUAGCUCCAAGGAUCGGCUAUCCCAAACCAGCCCUGCUGCACUCCACCUUCUUCCCAGCCCUGCAGGGGGCGCAGACCAAGAUGAGCGCCAGUGAUGCCAACUCCUCUAUCUUCCUCACUGACACACCUAAGCAGCUCAAAAACAAGGUCAACAAACAUGCAUUUUCGGGGGGGAAAGACACAGUGGAAGAGCACAGAAAGUAUGGUGGAAACCCAGACAUAGACGUUGCCUUCAUGUACUUGACCUUCUUCCUGGAGGAUGAUGAACAGCUGGAGAAGAUCAGACAGGAUUACACAAGUGGAGCUCUCCUAACCGGAGAACUGAAGAAGAUUUUGAUUGAGACUCUGCAGCCAAUGAUUGCGGAGCAUCAAGAGCGACGCAAACAAGUCACAGAUGAGACCGUCAAGCAGUUCAUGACACCCAGACCUUUAAAUUUUAACUUCUAGUCUGCUUGAGCAACUGAGACGUCAAAGUCCAUCAUGUUACUAAUUUCAGUACAAGAGCAAAUAAUCAAUCCAUCUUUUAAUGUUAUUGUAAUUUGUAAUGGAAAGAGGGCCAUUUUCUCACACAGUUUGCAUCAGGACUGGAGAGAAAUGUAAAUUACUGGAGCAGUGUUGUGUGUCUGUGUCAAACUAAGUAUGGCAUUGCCCUCACCUUUAUGCUAAUUGGCAUGCUUCUUGUUAGCUUCACUCUGCACCAAAUGUACACAUCUGUUUUCAUUAAGUGUUUGUGUUUGCAGCGCUGCUGUAACGUCACAAGGCCUUCUCCUCUCCCUGACAUCAGUUCAGGGUGAAUGACAAUUAAAGCAGAGUACAAAUGUA